GAUGAUGGCAGGUGCAUGCGUUUGGGGAGCAGCUACAUAUGUGUAUGGCUUUUUGUCUCUGGAGGAGAAAGGAUGCCCAAUAAUGAAGAGCCUUUUACCAAGCCUCGCAGCUCCGGGCAUCUCUCCACAGGGGGUCAUGGGAAGAAGAGUCCGCGGUUGCCCAAGUGUGCUCGCUGCCGAAACCAUGGAUAUUCAUCUCCACUCAAGGGCCAUAAGCGUUUUUGUAUGUGGAGGGACUGUCAGUGCAAGAAGUGUAGCUUGAUAGCUGAGCGACAGCGUGUCAUGGCUGCUCAGGUAGCUUUGCGAAGACAGCAAGCCCAAGAAGAAGAACUGGGAAUAAGCCAUCCGAUCCCUCUUCCCAGUGCUGCUGAAUUGCUUGUGAAAAGGGAGCUGGGCAGCAGCAACUCCUGCCUAUUGGUGGAAAACAGCUGCCCCCAGGCAGCAGCUACAGCUACUCCCGUCUCAACCAGCAGUUCUUCAGAGAGCAGGAUGCUUGUUCAGGAUAUACCUUCUAUUACCAGCAGAGGGCAUAUGGACAGCACAUCUGACUUUGUUGUAGACUCCGCUUACUACAGCAACUUCUAUCAACCAUCAUUGUAUCCUUAUUACAAUAACCUAUACAACUAUCCUCCCUACCAAAUGGCUAUGAGCUCUGAUCCAGCAAGUGGCAGUGAAAUAGGUGGAAUAGCUGCAUCACCAAUAAAGAACAGUCUCAGGAGUUUCUCAUCUGCCUAUGUUCCAGGCCAAUCAACAAACCAGUGGCAGAUGAAAACCAGUGAUAACCGUUUGCCAGGACAUAACGCAAGCUCCCAAUACAGGAUGCACUCAUACUACCCUUCAUACCUUGGGCAGAGUGUGGCCACCUCUGCGUGUGUCCAACCCAUCUUCACUUUUGAGGAGAACCCACCUUACCCAGAGACAAAGGCCAGUGGUAAGUCUUGGUCUGUUAAAGUUGUGUAG